CGACAGAGCGACUAACUUCCGGCCCGGCCGUUGUCUGGGCGGCGCGGUCGAGUCAUCGCUGGGCUUCGCCGCGCCGUUCUUCUAUCCCUCCCCCCGCCCCGGCGCGGGGGGUCGACCGGCCGAGGGGGGCGGCUCAGCCCUUUGCCCGCUCUUCAUUUCGGGGCGCGCGGCGGCGUGGCUGUGCGCGCGCCCUCGCCUGAGGACAUGGAGGAGGAGGCGGCCGCCGGCGUCCCCGGGGAGGAGACGGAGGACAUGGACUUUCUGUCGGGGCUGGAGCUGGCCGACCUGCUGGACCCUCGGCAGCCGGACUGGCACCUGGAGCCCGGGCUCAGCUCGCCGGGGCCUCUCUCCUCGUCCGGCGGCGGCUCGGACAGCGGCGGCCUCUGGAGGGGGGACGACGACGACGAGGCCGCGGCGGCUGAGAUGCAGCGCUUUUCGGACCUGCUGCAGAGGCUGUUAAACGGAAUCGGAGGCUGCGGCAGUGACAGUGGCGGCGGGGAAAAGAGGCGGAGAAAGACUCCCGGAGGAGGCAGCGGUGGCGGCGGCGGCAGCGACAGCAGUCAGGCGGCGACAAAGAGUCCCCGGAAGGCGGCGGCGGCCGCAGCCCGCCUUAAUCGGCUGAAGAAGAAGGAGUACGUGAUGGGCCUGGAGAGCCGAGUUCGGGGGCUGGCAGCCGAGAACCAGGAGCUGCGGGCCGAGAAUCGGGAGCUGGGCCGGCGCGUCCAGGCGCUGCAGGAGGAGAGUCGCUACCUACGGGCAGUCCUAGCCAACGAGACGGGACUGGCGCGCCUGCUGAGCCGGCUGAGCGGCGUGGGACUGCGGCUGACCACCUCGCUCUUCAGAGACUCGCCCGCCGGGGACCAUGACUACGCCCUGCCUGUCGGAAAGCAGCAGCAGGACCCCCUGGAAGAGGACGAGUCGGCAGGAGGAGUGUGUCUUCAUGUGGAUAAGGAUAAGGUGUCGGUGGAGUUCUGCUCGGCGUGCGCUCGGAAGGCGUCGUCGUCUCUUAAAAUGUAGGGUCAAGUAAUCUGCUCUUUAUCCGCGUUUACCCCUUUCAACUCCCUUACACCAUGUAAAACACUUUAGUGGGACAUCUUCACUGGACACAUUUCAGAGGAGGAAAAAAGUAAUAUUGAAUCUUUAAGUGUUUAGCUAAAAGCAUGAAUGUGACACUGUAACCAACUCCUAAUGAUAACCUGUGACUAUUAAAUCUCUCUGACAGUUUCUUUUUUAGGUGAUUUCCUUCCUGCCAGGCUCCGUUGUAGGGGUUACAGAACAGUCGUUCCCGCCUCACAACCUGUGGAUACAGCUGUUGGGGCAGAAGAGACGGGACCAGCUGCUGGCCACAUUUCCUGCUUUAUUUUAAAAGGUAGUAUAAGAAAUGAGGAAAAAGAGGUAAUAUCAGGGCUUCUGCUGUCUUUUAUUUUUAAAAUGUUCGUAAUUGAAAAGUAUUUUCCAGCAGUCCAAAGAUCUAAGUUAUCUUACACAUAAGAUGUUUUAUUUUGUUGUUUGGUUAUGGAAAUGGAAUCCUUGUUCUUGCACAACUGUAAAUGUUUUGUUGCUAGAUAAUACGACUUGAGACCUAAAUUGGUCUCUGGUUUCCAGUGCAUCACAGCAUAUUUUGUGAAAUCAUCUACUGCACUUGAGCAUGAAUGGGUAAUAGCCAAACUCACAACCUGGAGUGACGAACUUGCUUAUACCUAAGGGCAAGAGCAAGCCCCUCACAAUGCAGCUGCAUGGAUUUUUAGUGCCUACUGAAUUAUAUAUAUAUAUAUACAUAUAAAAACCAAAAGUAGUUGGAAGAAUUAUUUGAAAUGACUAAUUUGUGCUAUCUUUAUGAAAUAUGUUAAAUGUAGCUUUUUGAAACAGAAGCCUUGAAUUGAAAUUUAACUAAUACUUGAACAUUUUUGUAUAUAUUUCUUUGUAUAUAAUUUUGUGCAGUACCAAUGACAAAAAUAUGGUGUCAUAAUAAAACCGGGUUUGUUGAUCUUUCAGUAAUGGGCUCAAAGAAUUUAUUCAUCUCUAGUAUGACAUUGCAAAAUAAUGGGUGAAAAUAGCAGAAAUUACUGUUGUUAAUGCCGACUAUGGGUCUUGAAAAGGUCUGGAAGCAGUAACUUUGUUUCUAAAAAUUAUAUCAUUCCCUUAGAAUAUUUUCCUCCUAAUACCACUGCUUUUCCUGCAUUAUUUAAAUUUCAGGGCCAAGAAGAAACAGUAGUCAGAACUUUCUGAAUUGGGAUGUUUUGAAAUUCCAAGUAUAGAUUUUUAGAAUGUCAUUUUAUAAAUGGCAGUUUGGGGAAGUAGAUGAUUUAAGAACUUUCGAAAAUGGUAAGAUUAGUAUGAUCUGUUUUUAAAGCUGCUUUGUUAGGUUCCUUGUUUUAUUAACUGUGUUCUCUCAGUUUCCAUUUCAUUAUUUCUUUUCUAGUUUUGGUGACUUAGUGAUUUUGUCAUUUUUUUACAUCAACUCAUGGUCUUGUUUUUACAUGGUAAUUGCAUGUAUUUAGGACCUAUCAGGGGCUAAUCUGGUCAUAUUUAUGUGUAAGCACAUUUUACUGUAAAUGUUUGAGUUUCUGAAUUUACAACAGAUGUUUAUUUCAGUAUGUAGUAAACAGAAUCUUAAAGUGUCCUACUCACUACUUGUUAAUUAAAAAAGUUAUGAUUAAUAUGAAACUGUUGUCUUACUAUUUUUAGAAAAGUGUGUUCUAAAUGAUUAGUAUUUGGAUAAAAGAUUUCUGGAAUAUAAAUAGAUUGUUUUGAAAUUUUCAGGUUUGAUUCUGUUUAAUGGUUGAAAACAAUUUAGUAUUUGGGGGAACCUUUUCCUUUUGCGUAAUUGUGCCUCUGGUUAAGUGAUAUAGAACUAAAAACACAGCUUUUUUAGUACUAGUCUUCCUAUGGUGGCAGGAAUUCAUACAUUAAUUGAACUAACACAACAUGUUGACUUACUAUUUCUGUCAUACCAACUUAACUGUUUCUGCACUUCCUGGAGCAGGGUUAAUUAAAAAGUAACACUUUUUAAAAAAUAUAGUCACACUUCUGAUAUAUCCAGCAAAGUGUUCGAAAUAUUUUAAAUAUUUGUUCAUUUUAUAAUCACUAAAUUAAUUUCUCUCUCUUCUCUUUGAACAGCUUAGCAGUAUCUGCAAAAACGAAUCUUUUCCUACAACCUGUUAACUGACUGGACUGAUGGUAACAAAGUAAUUGUGGGAGCCAUGUCGGUCAAAAAUUUGGCAUCUGCUGAAAAAUAUGAAUGCCAUUUUUCAAGUUCCCAAAUUACUUCUAUACUGAUUUCACUUUCCAGAAAUGGAGAUAUGAAAAGAUUCUGUGGAAUGCUUGAAAGACUUAAUAGAAAUACAUGAAACUAAGUUAAUUUUGGAACAAAAUUACACUUUUUUUUUUUUUGUCUUUCAUGGGAGUGAUAUUCAGUUCUUUGCAUAUCUUUUAAAACUUGUGACCAAUGGAGAAGAGAAUUAUAGUAUUUUAUCAAGAAAUAAUAGAUUCUUGACAUAACCAAGAGCACAUUCUAUGGAAUUACAUUUAGUGGACUAGAGUUACAUAAAUAGGCCAUCAGUGAUGACAAAGCAUAUUAUGAGUUUGUAUUUAUUUCCUGGAACAUAAAAGCUAAUUUGGAGGACAGACAGACACCUUGUUGCCGAGAAUAUAAAAGUUAAUGUAAAGUCCUUAACUAUAAAGAACAGUCUUUUAAAAGAUG